ACAUAAAUUCGAAACAACAAACAAAAAAAAGACGAUUCUUUGCUUUGCCUUCAAAUCUCAUCAAUCACCACCUUCCAUCCUCGUUACCUCUUUCCUUUUUUUUUUUUUUUUUUAAUUAUCUCACUGUCUCUGCAAAUCGCGAGAUCUCGGAAUCGCAUCAUUGAUUGGCUCUUAUCAAGGAUUUCGCGUUAAAUUGCCGUGAUUUCUAGCUUCUAGAGCAACUGAAUUUUGAACGACGAGGAUUCGGGAGAUUUUUUUUUUUGGUUUGCGUGUUUGUAAUUAGGACUGUUUGUGUGUUGUUGAGAGGAGCGAAGAUGGAGAAGUACGAGCUCGUGAAAGACAUAGGCGCUGGGAAUUUCGGAGUGGCGAGGCUCAUGAAGGUCAAAAACUCUAAAGAGCUUGUUGCCAUGAAAUACAUCGAGCGUGGUCCUAAGAUUGAUGAGAAUGUGGCAAGAGAGAUCAUUAAUCAUAGAUCACUUCGUCAUCCUAAUAUUAUCCGAUUUAAGGAGGUUGUGUUGACUCCUACUCAUCUGGCUAUUGCUAUGGAGUAUGCUGCUGGUGGUGAAUUAUUCGAGCGUAUUUGCAGUGCUGGAAGAUUCAGUGAGGAUGAGGCGAGAUACUUCUUCCAGCAGCUUAUAUCAGGUGUUAGCUAUUGCCAUGCUAUGCAAAUAUGCCAUAGAGAUCUGAAGCUUGAGAAUACACUCCUUGAUGGAAGUCCUGCUCCACGUCUCAAAAUCUGUGAUUUUGGUUAUUCCAAGUCCUCUCUAUUGCACUCAAGGCCCAAAUCAACAGUCGGAACUCCAGCAUAUAUUGCACCAGAGGUCCUUUCUCGUAGAGAAUAUGAUGGCAAGAUGGCUGAUGUAUGGUCUUGUGGUGUAACUCUUUAUGUCAUGCUUGUUGGAGCAUACCCAUUCGAAGAUCAGGAAGACCCUAAAAACUUCAGGAAAACAAUACAAAAAAUCAUGGCUGUUCAGUACAAGAUCCCAGACUACGUCCACAUCUCACAAGAUUGCAAACAUCUCCUUUCCCGUAUAUUUGUGGCCAAUUCACUCAAGAGGAUAACCAUUGCGGAAAUAAAGAAACACCCAUGGUUCCUGAAGAACUUGCCAAGGGAACUCACAGAGACAGCUCAAGCUGCAUAUUUCAAAAAAGAGAAUCCAACCUUCUCCCUCCAAACCGCUGAAGAGAUUAUGAAGAUAGUGGAUGACGCCAAAACGCCUCCACCUGUUUCCAGAUCCAUAGGAGGUUUUGGAUGGGGAGGAAAGGGAGAUGCAGAGGAGGAAGAAGAGGUGGAUGAAGAGGAGGUGGUGGAAGAAGAGGAAGACGAAGAAGAUGAAUAUGACAAGACUGUAAAGGAAGUACACGCAAGUGGAGAAGUGAGAAUCAGUUGAUUUUUUUUUUUGGUUUUUGUAAGAAAGAAAGUUGUCGUUGGUUUUGCUGAAACUUAAAAUUCUCGUUUUUUUUUUUAAUUUUGUCUUUGCCAAUUACAAUGCUUUGGCUUUU